AUGACAACUCUGCGGCUCAACAGCUCACAAACUGUCUUGCGACUCAUCCGUCUUCAGCGCACCACUCGCACCACCCUCAUACUCCCCCACAUACACUGCCGCAACUUCAACGUCACUGCGCUCGAAGCUAAACGUCUAGCCAUGGAGAAGCAGCGGGAACAGCUCUACUCAAAGUGGUCGCACUCUGAACUCAUCACUCGCAUCCUCGAACUGGAAAAGUCACAGGAAACAGUAAAGCAGGUCCAGCCUCGAAAAGCCAAAAAGACGUUCGACUCUUCGGCCUAUUCAACACGUCACAUCGCACUCAAGAUCGCCUAUCUUGGUGCAAACUACGGAGGUUUCGAGUACCAUGCUAACAACCCGUUCAGCACUCCUACGGUUGAAGAGCAGAUCUUUAAGGCGCUGCUCAAAGGACGAUUAGUCCCACACAACGGGCUCCCUGGAGAGGAGGAAACAGUACUAGGCUGGCCUGGAGAUGAGGCGGUGGAGUACUCUAAAUGCGGGCGCACUGACAAGGGAGUUUCAGCAUUUGGCCAGGUGAUUGGUGUGCGUGUGCGCAGUAACAGACCACUCCCCGCAGCUCCCCGCUCUCCGCCCGCUGAAACCACCGAGGACCCCGCCGCAGUCACCCUAGACGAUAGUUUCGGUGCCGACCUAACCGCCGAGGCUGACGAGCCCAGCACCCCUGAAUUUUCUGAUGCCGACGAGCUCCUCUACCCACAAAUUCUCAACCGGCUUCUUCCGCCCGAUAUCCGGGUCCUUGCUUGGUGCCCCAAUCCCCCGGAAGGCUUCAGCGCCCGCUUCAAUUGUGAGGAGCGCCGCUACCGCUACUUCUUCACCAACCCCCCAAUCCCUCCAGGGACUGCUGGAACAACCCAAGAAAGCAUCCACCUCGAUAUUGACAAGAUGCGAGAGGCCGCGGCACUGUAUGUUGGUGAUCACGACUUUAGAAAUUUCUGUAAGAUCGACGCUAGCAAGCAGAUUAGCCGGUUUGAUCGCAUUAUCCGUCACGCUUCCAUAAAUGAGGUCGUCCCGCAAGCGCCAACGUUUGGCGCUGCUUCCGGCUCUGCUACUGAGGUGGCGGAAACAGGGCGCCCAAAAACCUUCUACUUCGAGCUGCAUGGGUCCGCGUUCUUAUGGCAUCAGGUUCGCCACAUGGUAGCAAUGCUAUUUCUUGUGGGGCAGGGACUGGAGGAGCCAUCAAUUAUCACCGAACUUCUAGAUACAAAAACUAACCCUUGCAAGCCCCACUAUGAGAUGGCAAACGAUCGCUGCCUUGUGUUAUGGGAUUGUAUGUUUCCUGAGGGAAUGUUAAGGUGGGAAUACGAGAGCAAAGCGGAGCUCACCGGAGAUGUGUGGAAAAUCUGGCACAAGGCUGCUGUGGACGAAGUGUUGGCAGGAGGUCUGCUGGACGUUAUCGCUGCUGGUGGCGGGGUCGGGGUUACUAGUAGGGAGCUGAAGGGCUCGAAAAAGAGCCAAGUGAUUGUGGAUGGUGGGCAUGCUGCCCUGCUGAGGGGCAAGUAUAUGCCUGUGAUGAAGAGAAAAAGAAUGGAAGAGGUGGAAGUGAUUAAUAAAAGAUACGUGGAUAAGAAAGGGGAUUGGAUGGAAAACAGAAAUAGGAGGGUUGAGGCGAGAAGCUUGAGGGCGAAAACAAAAGAAAGAGAGGAGGAAAACGAGCUCGUGGAAGAGGUGGUCAAAGAGUAG